UCAUCCAUCCAUCCGCGCUUCCCUCUGCCUCUGCCGCUGGAUGGUGCGUUUUUAGGACCCCACGGAGGAGGAAACCCGGAGCUUUUCCCCUCUGUCUGAUGGAGACGGCGCUGAGGAAAGGAGCGAGUCCGGUCGGCGGAGACCACCUCGAGGAUCCUGCAGGAAGGACUUCGCUGCUGCUGUAGGGAGGCGAGCGAGAGGGGGAGAGGAGCGAGAGGGGAGACUCGGGAGAUCCUCCAUCAUCGGAAGGUCUUCUGCAUCUCUUCCAGGGCGUGCCUCUGUGAUUGCGUCUAACAUGCACGCUCACAAGAGCGCACAGCUUGUCUAAUCAACCACAGUGCGUGUUUCUUCGCGAGCGUACGUCAAGUGCAGGAAUGGGUUCGGUGGGCGCGGAGCGCCGCAGGCCCACGCCGGCCCAGACGCCCGAGGAGAGGGACGUGUGGAGGGAUGGAGGAAGAUCUGUUUGGAGGGAGGGCUGGAGAGAGGGAAGAGAGAGCGGCAUUGUGCAGAGCUACAGCUUCGAUUCAUACCAGCUGGAGGAGGAGGAGAUCAGUAAAGACGCCCCGGAGCGAGGAGUGCUGGCUUUGUCCGAGCCCGACUUUGAGGAACCGAUCCCUGACGACCGUUACCAUGGCAUCUACUUUGCAAUGCUACUGGCUGGAGUGGGUUUCCUGCUUCCCUACAACAGCUUCAUCACAGAUGUGGAUUACCUGCAUCAGAAGUUUAAAGGGACAUCGAUAGUGUUUGACAUGAGUCUGACGUACAUCUUAGUGGCUUUGUUGGCCGUCAUCCUCAACAAUGUGCUGGUGGAGCGACUCAGCAUGCACACCAGGAUCACUGUGGGUUACAUCUUAGCUUUGGGGCCCCUGAUCUUUGUCAGCGUGUUCGACGUUUGGCUGGAAAAGUUCACCACCAAGCAGGCUUAUGUCAUCAACCUGGUAUCAGUGGGAGUGGUGGCCUUUGGAUGUACAGUGCAGCAGUCCAGUUUCUAUGGUUACAUGGGGAUGCUGCCCAAGAGGUACACACAGGGGGUAAUGACUGGAGAGAGUACGGCCGGGGUGAUCAUCUCGCUGUCCCGCAUCUUCACCAAGCUGCUGAUCAAAGACGACAAGAAGAACACGCUGAUCUUCUUCCUCGUCUCCAUCAGCAUGGAAAUGCUGUGCUUCCUGCUUCACCUGCUGGUCCGCCGCUCACGAUUUGUCCGGUAUUACACCAGCCACGCCCAGGGUAAAGGUCCGGGCAAAUGUCACGAUCCGAGAGACAACGGGACCGGGUACAGGGUUCACCACGAUGUCACUGCAGAGGAAGUAAGAUUUGGAAACGGUGGUACAGGAGCGUCCUCGGUGGAGGAAGGCGUCGAGGACAUUGCGGGCGGUACCUACGUUCGAUUUGAUGCCCCAAAAGCCAAGAUGAGAAGGAGCUGGCCCGGGCUCCGAGACAUGAUCUUGCAUCGUUACGUGGUGUCCCGCGUGAUCUGGGCCUACAUGCUGUCAAUAGCUGUGACCUACAGCAUCACUCUCUGUCUGUUUCCCGGGCUGGAGUCAGAGAUACGAAACUCCACCUUAGGUGAAUGGCUCCCCAUCCUCAUCAUGGCCACCUUCAACAUGUCGGACUUUGUUGGCAAGAUCCUGGCAGCACUGCCAUAUGACUGGUCUGGGGGUCGUCUGCUCUUCUUCUCUUGCCUGAGGGUGGUCUUCAUCCCUCUGUUUGUCAUGUGUGUGUAUCCGGCCAAUGAACCCACCCUAUCCCAUCCUGCCUGGCCCUGUCUCUUUUCUCUCCUAAUGGGAGUCACCAACGGAUAUUUUGGGUCCGUACCGAUGAUCCAGGCUGCGGGCAAAGUGCCACCUGAACAGCGGGAGCUUGCAGGGAAUACUAUGACUGUCUCCUACAUGACAGGCUUGAUGGUUGGCUCCGCUGUAGCGUAUGCAGCUUAUAGCUUCACUGCUCCACCAACAGGAAUACGCUCCUCCACGCUCAACAUACACACACCUGCCAACACUACCAUGUAUUGAAUGUCCGUAGGUUUGACACGCACCCACUCAUCCAUCUGUAUACAUUUACAUGUACACACAUGCUGCAUAAGGACAGGACAUUUGGCCUUACAGCAGCAUAAACUGAUGGACUAGACUCCAGCUGCAGAAUAACUCAACAAUAACAAAAGAAAAGACAAGCAGUGGCUUUUAGUGUUGAAAGGGAUUAAGUGAAAAAAGUGUAGAUUUCUCCACUCGCUCAUCUCCCGGUGAUCCACUGACCUUCAAGCAUCUGCUCCGAUGAACUUCCCCGGAGGAAGAGAAGUGGAACUGUGCGUCUGCCAGCAGGCAGACAUUAACCCUCAGAGUAUCACACAGUGAAAUUACUGUCUGCAUAUGUGCGAACACAUCAUCUGACAUUUGUACAGUGCAAAGUCAAGUGAUAUUUUGUUGCGGGGAGCUAAUGGCUUGUGGUUCUAGAGGAGACCUUGCAUCAUAUGUGAUGUUAUGUUUUAUGAAUUCUCAGAGCUGUCACCCAUCAUAGAAGCGAGAUGCUGUUCAGACUCACGUAAAAAUAUGAUCAGCGUUUUUAGACGAUGAGUUCUAUAAAUGCUCAUUUUAUUCGGGCCCUGUUAUUAAAAUCAGUUUAACCUUAUGAGAUCUCAGCCCUUAUUGAGGAUGACCCUAACCCUGUGCUGUCAGAAUAAGUCAUUUUUCAAACAAAUAAUCAUUCUAACUGAAAAAAACUUACGUCUUGGGUUAGGACUUGGGGCUAUGAGCUGUUACCAAUAAUGACUCAGACCUCACAAGGGUUAAACAAACAGUGUCUUUUCUGCCUAAGACCCAAAGACAUUCUUUUGAUCCUGAGAGCACUGUGUUAGAUAUCUAAUGCUGCAACCAGACUGGGGGAAAUAAUGGUUGGAAGCAAUUAUUGCAACUGUGUGCAAUUAAAUUUUAAUGUCAUUGCCUUUGACAUGGUUGCUUUAACAACGUAAAUCGGAUCUGCAACAACUUGCAGUCAGUUGUUGUCUUCAAAGCGAAUUUGUUGCAUCAAGAUGAUGAUAAAGGAACAAAAAGACUAAAUGGAGUCAAGUUGGCAGUCUGUUUGUGAUUACAACAAACACUGAAAUUCACAACAACUACUUCAAAUUCGGAAUCCAUCCAGAACCUCACAGAUUUGAAAGAGAACUCCUUCUGUUUCAAUAGUGACGUAGUUGCUGCAGGAUUGCUCAACAACCUUGCGUUCUUACAGGAGAAUAACUAGUUUGCAACCAGUUGAUCCAAACCCCUUACUACAACGAGACACUUUGCAGACAAGUUGUAUUCUUCGGUGCAGACUACUAUAGACUGAGUGCAACAUGUUGACAAUCUGUCUCCAUUUAUAAAGUAAACUAAACAAUGAUUAUCAGCAAAAAUUCACCAAUCAGUCUGAUUGCUUCGUACCUUGGAGCAGGCAACGCCCUCAACCUCGGGGUGACCGCUUGGUUUCACAUGAGCGGCCCACGCUCCUCUCUAAACUCACCUUCUUUCUUUUUUUUUCAGUCUCUAAACACUUGUAACAUUUUGUGACUGCAUCUGCAUGUUUGUGAAACUGUGUUGAAAGAAUCUGUCCACAAAGUACUCGAACCUGUCGGUGUGAUAUGUCCUACUACAGCAGAGGGUCUCCAGGACCACGUAAUUGUCAUCAUGACACACAAACAACAUCAGCUGUAGGGUAAAAAAGGAAGAAAUCAUGUAAAAGGAGAGAUUUCAGGUCACUUCUUGCGCCCCCUGAUGGCUGAAAAAAGUGUUUAUUUACCAGAGGAGGCAGGGGGAUAACGGCUGCUUUGCAGUCCUGUCGCGUUUGCACCUCCUUUGAAUGGUGUCUGUAAUAAAUGUCUAUGUGAUGAUGUGGGAUAUAAGGGGACAAAAUAAUUAGUGCCAAACAGUCUGUGUUUAUGACAGAUGCGAUUGGGGGAGGGAGAAAAAAGUGAAUGUAAAGUUGUAAAUACGUAGAAUAAAAUGCAUUCAAGGCAAUGAAAGGCAUUUAUUUUCACUACUGCAAAGCCUGUAGAAAGAAUCAGAUUCAUAUCUUUUGUAGCUUUAUGUAGUUGAACUGACCCCUGGAGCCCCUCCUUUAUUUAUCUCUGUUUCUUUUUUCCAGCUGACGCGCAGCAGCGUCUCCGUUCCCUCAUGUUUCCUGUUGGACUUGAUUAAUUUUUCAGCGAUAAGAGAAGCAGCCGAGUUCACAGUUUAUAUAUUAUAUUUAAAAAAAUAAAUAAAUAACAGACCUCAGUGUAAAGACAGGCAAAUGUGCACUGCAUUAUGUAAGUGAUGGCUUGAAUGGAGACUGUUGGCACUGUUUGAAAUACGGUGGGAUGCCAUUUGGGAGCUAACCUCAUUACUGUAUGUAUGUCCUGCUUCCUGCAGCGAGCUGCUGGGUUUGAAGGUGUUUUUAGUUAUUUUUGGUCAGUUGUGUCAUUAAAGGACAUGAAAAGUC